UAAUCGUGCAAUAACGUUUAUAUUUCUUGCAGGGCCUGUGGAAAGAAAGGUGCUUGUGAAUCUUCAGAAGUUAGAUGUGGCUCAGGAUAGUCUGGGCAACUAUGGUUUCUUCACUUUGAUUUACAAUCAAGGCUUUGAAAUUGUGAUAAAUGACUACAAGUGGUUUGCGUUUUUUAAGUACAAAAAGGAAGGCCAGAAUGUAACCAGCUACUGUAAUGAGACUCUACCAGGAUGGGUACACGAUGUACUUGGCCACAACUGGGCUUGUUUCAGUGGUCAGAAGAUUUCUUCGUCUCCCUCAGAUAUUCACAUAAAUGAGCUACCUAUCCAGAAGCCCAGGGGAAGGCUUUCAAGCAGACGUUAUAUGCACAACGUUGACUUUGUAAAUGCUAUCAAUGCUCGACAGAAGUCCUGGAGAGCAACAAGAUACAAGGAGUAUGAGAACUUUGCCCUGGAAGAUCUGACUAGAAGAGCUGGAGGUCUCUAUUCUAGAGUUUCAAGACCAAAGCCUGCACCUCUAACACCUGAGUUACUCAAAAAAGCUUCAAGCUUGCCAGAAUCCUGGGACUGGAGAAAUGUGAAUGGUGUCAAUUAUGUCAGCCCUGUUCGGAAUCAAGGCUCCUGUGGCAGCUGUUAUGCGUUUUCAUCCAUGGGCAUGCUGGAAGCAAGAAUACGUAUCCUCACAAACAACACCCAGAAACCCAUCUUUAGUCCUCAGCAGGUUGUGUCUUGCAGCCAGUAUUCUCAAGGUUGUGAUGGUGGCUUCCCAUACCUCAUUGCUGGAAAGUAUGUCCAAGACUUUGGUGUUGUGGAAGAGGACUGCUUCCCUUACACAGCCCUAGAUUCUCCAUGCACUUUCAAGCGCAGCUGUUACCACUACUACAGUUCUGAGUACCACUAUGUCGGUGGCUUCUAUGGAGGCUGCAAUGAAGCUCUGAUGAAACUCGAGCUUGUUCUGCAUGGGCCAAUGGCUGUUGCCUUUGAGGUUUAUAAUGAUUUCAUGCUUUAUAAAGAGGGGAUCUACCAUCACACUGGGCUGCAGGAUGACUUCAAUCCUUUUGAAUUGACCAAUCAUGCUGUCUUGCUGGUGGGCUAUGGUACAGACCCAAACAGUGGUGAGAAGUUCUGGAUUGUGAAGAACAGCUGGGGCACGUCGUGGGGAGAAGAUGGUUACUUCAGAAUCCGCCGUGGCACUGAUGAAUGUGCAAUUGAAAGCAUUGCAGUGGCUGCAACUCCUAUUCCAAAGUUGUAAAUGUGGAGGUCUUCAUCCAGUGCCUUGUCCUCAGCCGUAAGAAUGUACUGAUUGUUAGAGACUGCAAUUAAAGUCUGUCCCCUAGCUUGAACAGGGGAGCUUUAAUGAAAUUUUCCAGAAUAGAGCGAACAGCAUCCCUAGGUGAGAGGAUGAGCACUGUUACCUCUGCUCUGUGCACUGAAGGUUUCCUCUCGAGUCUGACAGUAGGUGACCUAGAAUGCAAUGACUGUUUUGGUAAGAGUGGUGAUAGUUACUCAUCACUGGCUAUACAUCUUCAGUCACCAGUUGCAUUUUCUUCUGUGGACAAUCUUGACCUUCAGAUCUCAGAGGGAAGCAUCUGCUAUGAUAAUUUGUAACUACUCUGAAAGGACACUGUAGUGCCUUA